UAUUUGAUUCGAUUAUGCUGUUCUCUCUGCGACAACCUAGCAAACUAGUUUAGUUGUUCUAGAUUAAAGGCGUUCGUUUUCAGUGGAUUAUAUAUAUAUCAAGGUUAUCAACGACAACGAAUAACAGUACCUGAAGUAAUAACUGAUAAUCGUGUUUAGUCAACGAUGAAUCCUGAAUAUGACUAUUUAUUCAAGCUGCUUCUAAUCGGCGAUUCUGGCGUUGGAAAGUCAUGCCUCCUUUUGCGGUUUGCCGAUGACACCUACACAGAGAGCUACAUUAGUACUAUUGGGGUGGAUUUCAAGAUAAGGACCAUAGAGCUGGACGGGAAGACCAUCAAACUUCAAAUCUGGGAUACAGCCGGCCAGGAACGGUUCCGCACCAUCACGUCUAGUUACUACAGAGGAGCACAUGGCAUUAUUGUAGUUUAUGAUGUCACAGACCAGGAGUCCUUCAACAAUGUCAAACAGUGGCUACAGGAGAUAGACCGUUAUGCCAGUGAGAAUGUCAACAAGUUGUUAGUAGGCAACAAAUGUGACCUGACGACAAAGAAGGUGGUGGACUACACGACGGCCAAGGAGUUUGCUGACAACCUGGGGAUCCCCUUCCUCGAGACCAGCGCCAAGAGUGCCACUAAUGUGGAGCAGGCCUUCAUGACCAUGGCGGCUGAGAUCAAGAAGAGGAUGGGCCCCGGUGCCACCGCCGGUGGCUCGGAGAAGUCCAACGUCAAGAUCCAAAGCACGCCAGUCAAGACUUCCUCUGGGGGCUGCUGCUGAAGCCUCCACAACCCUAAUGCUCUUCCACUCAUCCCUCCUCCCGCCACCCCCCCCCCCCCCCUUACCCCUAACCUAUCUCAAAAGUUAGCAAGCUCCACGGGGAUAAAAAGAAAGAACAGAAAUAGGGAAAUAGAAAGUAAGUGAGAGGGAGAGAGGGAAGACUGAGUGACCUGGGUUGUAAUUGUGUGUGCAGCCGCAAUACCAGGAAAAAAAAGUCCCCCCCACCUCCAGACAAGGUCAGCAAUAGAACGGUAAGCCCAUCCACACCUACAGAAACGACUGGGCUUGUUAGUUUUUUUUACAUACUAACCACGCACACACACAUUCAUACAUAUAUACACACACAUCCAUGGAUACAUAUAUACAUACAAAUAUUUCUGGCAACAUUGAAUUCAAAUUUUAAAUGCUUAUAAACAAAUUAUGAAUGAGAGAAAGUUAAUUAAAACAAUAAUUUGCCCAACAUGCUUCAGGUAGAAAAAUUCAUUUUUCUAAGAUGGUUAUGUAUUAUUUCACAGUGAUCAGCAGCAUGACAUGGACUGUAUAUCCUUCCAAGAAGAAUUAGUAAGCACUUCAAUUGUUAGCACAUGCUUAAUUAGCAUCAUGUAUGUCGGCCCAACAGAUCACACACAUAAUGCAUCUGGAAUGCGCUCAUGACCGAAGCACAUUUUGGGCACUGUCAUCAGUCCAAAUAUCUUUUUGAGGGGCGGGGGAGGGGAACAUUAAUGUCAUUUGGUCCAGCGUCACAAUGUUGCCCCUAAUCGAUGUGCCAGUGCCUUGUGUUGCAAGAUACAAUAUGCCUUUGGCGCGCUGUGUGGUUUGAAUACCCUUUAUGCUUUAUAGAAUAGACUUACUAGCGACUUGCUCUUAUUUCGUAGAUGGGUUAAUUUAUGUGAUACAGUAGUAGGAAACAUUCCUGUAUAUAUUAGCCAAUGUGUUUUUCUUUGUCAGCUGACAUCCAUGAUGCUACAUUACCAUGGGCUACGUUAGCGGUGUUGAAUGCAGUUAGUUUUUUUCCUUCGGCUAAUGUUUCUCAACCAACAGCACAACAAAGAUUCACUAUCCAAACAACAACAAAAAAAUCAAAUCUUCAAACUGUAUAUAUUUAUACAUAUAUGUAAGAGUUAACUAAUCCUGUAGAGAAGCAAGUGAAAUGAAUGAUAUGACAAGUAGCUGGAAUUCAUAAUCUCGGCACGUGAUCUGUGGCUGCGGACAUGACAUUUUUGUGGCACAAUGUCUACUAUUAAACAAUGAAGGAGAUCUUUGAUAAACAA